CCAGACAGUGAGCCGCGACCUCCGGUACAGGUGGUCGCUCCGGUCUCUGCGAAAAUGUUGUCCAAAGUUCUUCCAGUCCUCCUCGCCAUCUUAUUGAUCCUCCAGUCGAGGGUCGAGGGACCUCAGACUGAAUCAAAUGAUGAAGCCUCUGCCCAUGAUGUCGUCUAUGGCCCCCUGCCCCAGCCUCUGGAAAAUAAGCUUCUCUCUGAGAAAACACAGUCAACUAAGACUGAGACUAGGCGCAGAGUUGGCAAACUGCCACAAGCCUCUCGCAUCCUGAACACUAUCCUGAAUAAUUAUGACCACAAACUGCGCCCUGGCAUUGGAGAGAAGGCCACUGUAGUCACUGUUGAGAUCUCUGUCAACAGCCUUGGUCCUCUCUCUAUCCAGGACAUGGAAUACACCAUUGACAUCAUGUUCUUCCAGACCUGGUAUGAUGAACGCCUCUGUUACAAUGACACCUUUGAGUCUCUUGUUCUGAGUGGCAACGUGGUGAGCCAGCUAUGGAUCCCAGACACCUUUUUUAGAAAUUCUAAGAGAACCCAAGAGCAUGAGAUCACGAUGCCCAACCAGAUGGUCCGCAUCUACAAGGAUGGCAAGGUGUUGUACACAAUUAGGAUGACCAUUGAUGCUGGAUGCUCACUCCACAUGCUCAGAUUUCCAAUGGAUUCUCACUCUUGCCCUCUGUCUUUCUCUAGCUUUUCUUAUCCUGAGAAUGAGAUGACCUACAAGUGGGAAAAUUUCAAGCUUGAAAUCAAUGAGAAGAACUCCUGGAAGCUCUUCCAGUUUGAUUUUACAGGAGUGAGCAACAAAACUGAAAUAAUCUCAACCCCAGCUGACGAAUCUGAGAAGCCUUGCUCCUUGAGUUUCAGUGCUGCCAAGCAAGGUGACUUCAUGGUCAUGACGAUUUUCUUCAAUGUGAGCAGGCAGUUUGGCUAUGUUGCCUUUCAAAACUAUGUCCCUUCUUCCAUGACCACGAUGCUCUCCUGGGUUUCCUUUUGGAUCAAGACAGAGUCUGCUCCUGCCCGAACCUCUGUAGGGGUCACCUCUGUUGUCACCAUGACCACGUUGGGCACCUUUUCUCGUAAGAAUUUCCCGCGUGUCUCCUAUAUCACAGCCUUGGAUUUCUAUAUCGCUAUCUGCUUCGUCUUCUGCUUCUGCGCCCUGUUGGAGUUUGCUGUGCUCAACUUCCUGAUCUACAACCAGACCAAAGCCCAUGCUUCUCCGAAACUCCGCCAUCCUUGUAUCGAUAGCCGUACUCAUACCCGUGCCCGUGUACGUGCCCGAGCCUGUGCCCGCCAACAUCAGGAAGCUUUUGUGUGCCAGAUUGUCACCACUGAGGGAAGUGAUGGAGAGGACCGCCCGUCUUGCUCAGCCCAGCAGUUCCCUAGCCCAGGUAGCCCUGAGGGUCCCCGCAGCCUCUACUCCAAGCUGGCCAGCUGUGAGUGGUGUAAGCGUUUUAAGAAGUACUUCUGCAUGGUCCCUGAUUGUGAGGGCAGUACCUGGCAGCAGGGCCGCCUCUGCAUCCACGUCUACCGCCUGGAUAACUACUCGCGAGUUGUUUUCCCAGUGACCUUCUUCAUCUUCAAUGUGCUCUAUUGGCUUGUUUGCCUUAACUUGUAGGUCCCAGCUGGUACCCUGUGAGGCAACCUCUGCAGUUCCCCAGGGGAUCCAAACCCCUUGCCAAGGGAGUUGGGUGAAAGCAGCAGCAGCAAGAGCAACUAGAGAUUUUACUGUCCAAUUCCCCAGACGGAAGCCUAUAGAGGGUUUGUCUUUGCUGCACUUCUUCCCGAUCUGGCCCAUUCACUGAGUCUCCUUGGUAGCCCAUCUCAAUUUAUUAAUAAAUGGGCCACCUUCCUCUUCUUUAAGGAGUGUCUGUGAUGCUCAGUCUUAAAAAUCAUAGGCACCUAGUGAUGAGCUUCCUAAAACCAUGCCUAUGUACAGGCGGAUUAGCUAUCUUUCAACAGUGCUGACAACCACUGCGUUUUUCCAGAAGCCCGCUAUUGCGUUUGUAGUGCUUUGGGUCCAGCUCUGGCCUCAGCCUCAAAGUGCACCAACUAGUUGCUUCUCUAUACCUCAUGCCUCAUUAAGAUGCUGGGCAGCAGUGUAGCAGGAGGAAGGGAUCCCUACCCUUUGGUCAGAUUAUUAUGUUAUUGGUUCUUUCUCCCUGCUACCCCUUUCUCUACAGAUAGAUAGACACUGGCAUUAUAUUUUUAGAAUGAGGGUGGCAGCAAGAGAGCCUAUUUGGGACAGCAUUCCUCUCUCUGCUGCUGGGACAUGUCCCUCUCCCUGCUGGCUCUAUUUUUCAUCCUUACUACUAAUUCAAUACCCUUCAUCCAAUGGGUAUCUAUUUUUGUGUGUGAUGAUAGUAACUACUCCCUGCUUUAUAUGCCACCUUCUUCCUUCUCUUUGACCCCUGUGACUUUUCUGUAACUUCCCCAGUGACUUUCCCUAGCCCUGACCCAGGUACUAGGCCUUGGUGACUUCCUGGGGCCAAGAAACUAAGGAAACUUGGCUUUGCAGCAGGCAUUACUCACCAUUGAUUGGUGCCCACCUAAGGCACACCAUACGAGUUCUAUCACUUGCUUGGCCCCUGGACCCAUGAGCCAGUCCACCGUUAUACCUGGGGCACUCUAACAAUCACAAUUAAUCAAUUGAAUUCCCUUAAAUUUGUGUGCACGGAAACUUUGGCAAAGCAUUUUUGACAAAUUGUGUCUAUUUGGAGCCUCAUGAUAGCCCUGUGACAUCUUUAGGACAGGAUUAUUAUCCCAUUGUACAGAUGGAAACCCUGAAGCACAGAAUUCUAUGGGACUGUGGACCUCACUGGAAGCUACCCAAGAGCCUACUGUUACCUUCUAGACCACAUGACAGGGGUAGGCAGCUCAGUUCACCAUGAUUCUACUCUGUCACCUCUGCUGGUACUGCAGUGGCAGGGCCCAGAAUGGCGACUUCUCUUUAACUCAAUUUCUGAGCCUUAGGUACUCAGACUGCCCCCAAGAUCAGAUCUCUGCUGGCUCUAGUAACCCAGUAGAAUGAAUUUUGAUAUGCCCCAAUGCUUGUAUAUGCUGAGUAAAUCUGUGUUUGUAAUUCUGUAAUUUAUUAGGGGGUGGAUAGGGUGGGGUCUCCAUCUGCUUUUUGUCACCAUCAUCUGAAAUGGGGAAAUAUGUGAAUAAAUAUAUCAG